CGCUCCAUAUCACAUUGCAUAUUCAUCUCGGCGAGAGAGACGGACUAGGCUCUGUUUCCUACUCAUUCUCACACUUAUUACUUAUUACUUGUACCUACCACUCUUCUUCCUGUACCUAUCCUUUCAAUUCAUUAUACGUAUUCACUCGCACUCAAACGUUCUCACACGCUUUCAAUAAGAAAAGAUGUCACCAUCCCUCAAACGAAAGUCCAACCCGCGGGCCCCACAUACUCCCUCCAAACGACUGCGAACAGAUGGCCUCUUCACUCCGCGAGUGAAGGCUCCUACCGGUGCCAGUCGAUCCAUUCCCCGAGCUUCAAGAUACCAACCUUCCUCAGCAAGCCCUGCUAAGCGUACCUUGGACGAAGAACAUGUUGAACAAGGCCUAAGCAGUAAAGUCCGAAUCCUAAACAACCGGGAAUGCCUCUACCUCUUACCUUCACGCAAGUCAUUGCCAGUACCAGUGCCAGCACUACAGAGGAAGGUCAAGCCUCGCAGCCCAGUCAAGGACGCUAUAAUUGCCAGACUAUCACGACGUAGAGCUAUCCUUUUACGAAAACAGAAACUGGAGCGUAUGAUGGAGCGUAUGGAUUCCGACAAUGUAUAUUACUUCUCCGAAGGCCUCUCAGAUAACAUCAAGCUUUUCACCUCACGCAGUCCCGCUUCCUUCUCAAGCUUCAGCGUAGAGAUCGCAGAUUUGGAUAUGGACAUUGAGGAGCCAACGGGUGCUACCACCAUCACUUCUGAUAGUCCUUCUCAGUCAGCUUCUGACCCUGAGUCGCUCGUCGAAGAGAAGAUUGAGACGGACGCACCUGAGGAGGGGGCUACCAAGAAGAGCGGGGAUGCGGACGAGGAAUUGGUCCGGGAUCCUGGGUCCAAGCCGGAGGAGAGAAAAGAGGAAGAGAAGGACUCAAUGAAAGAUGCUGAAGCCGAGCCGGAGGAAGAGGUUUUGAUGAAGGACGACGAAGCUGAAGAGAAAAAGGAAGACGUGAAGGAGGCGUCCGAAACCCUAUCAACCAUGGACAAACUUGUAAGCGACCGAGUUAAGGAGCGGCUUGGGGAAGAUGGCAUGAUUUGCCUUAAUGUUAAGACAAAGAAAGUUGGAGAAGAGGAAAGCACAGCAGCGAGGAAAAGCCCUAUAAAGAAGAAAGUCAAGGUUGUCCUGCCACCGACUCUCGAGGAGGAAGAUGAGGAAGAAAAAGAGUUAGAGUCGCCCAAGAAGCGGAAUUCGAGGCCUUCUGGUCUACGAAAGAAGAGAGAAGAGGCGGAUGAUUCGUCCGAUUCAGAAAGAGAGGAUAGAGAGGAGAAGCCCAGACGAAGAAGCUCGAGAUCUAGCGUUAGAAAGAAGUACGAAGAUUCCAAUCCCUCGGAUACCGAGAAGGACGGCGAUAAACGGGAGGAGGAGGGAGAGGAAGCAACUACUCAUCCAGACAAGAUGGAAGAAGAUGCAGACGCAGAUGCAGAGAGUACCGGGAGCAGUGGGGAAGAUACAGACAUGAGCACUGAUGACGAAGCUCCCACCGAGACCACUGAGGAAGAGGAUGUGGCCAUGAGUGAGGAUGGCGACGACUCGGGCGAUUCGAGGGACAAUUCGGAUGAGAAAAAAGAGGACGGGGGGGAGAGACAAGAGAAAGAAGACGAGGCAGACAAUGAAGAUAAUGGGGAACCAUCCACGCUCAUCAAGACUGACUCCAAAACCUCCGACGAAGAGGUCAGGAAGCCAAAGCGAGUUAAGGCUCUCACUCUCUCUUCCCAACACGAAGAGGCAGAAGCCGUUUCUACACUCAAAACACCCAGCAGCGCAGCCUCUCUCCGUUACAACUAUUCCAUCACAAAGACCCCAAAGUCACCUCGCUCACCCCGACUCUUCAAACAUGAUCUAGUCCCCUCAUCUCCCCUAAGUUUCAGCAGCUUCGGUAAGAAGAAGAAGGCUCUGCUCAAAACCGAAAUCGAGAGGGAUGCCAGUUUGUGGAUGUUAGGGAGGAGCAGUGGUCUUUAUCCCAAGCGGAGACGGCAGCUGCCGUUCAACCCAGCCAACGUUUCAAGACAUGCAUACCGCGAUUCUGAUUCCGAUGAUGGAGAAGACAUGUAUACCCACCAUCACCAUGGUUUCCAGUCAUCGCGAUGGGAAACCGACGAAGCGGAGGAUGACGACGUAUACUUGCAUGUGGGUUGGCCCUGGGAUGGCCGUGGCUGCUACAACCCGUGGAUGAUGGAGCACGGAGCUACUCUGCUCGAAUUUUGCGUGAGAAAGCUUGAAGGGUUUAAUAUGGCCUGGUAGUUGGUCGGGCCAGAUGUGUAUUUUCAUUUGUUUUCCUCGGGUCGGCGUUUGUCUUGUUUCUGUGGAUUCACGGCGUUUAGAGGGGUUGGGCAGCGUUC